AUGACCGCGAGCCCCGAAUAUUCCGGGCUCAAGUCGCCGGACUUCCAAAUUCUGGAGCCCCCAAACGGUCGCAUUGCCCACACAUUGACCGCCUGCACCAGGUGUAGACAGCGAAAAUCCAAAUGCGACCCGGGCAUUCCGCGGUGUGCCCCAUGUGAACGAAGCAAUGCCAAGUGCGUAUACUACGACUCAACACGCGAUUCGACGAUACCACGGACCUACAUCGUGUCACUGCGAGAGAAAGCUCGUGCGCUGGAGCGAGAACUCGCCGAAGCCGAGAAAGAGAUCAAACAUGCCGCCGAUGCGGAGCUGAUGGUGCGGGGCGCUGGUCGCAUACGAUUCAAGGAAAAUGACGAGACGCGCUAUCUUGGCUCUUCAAGUGGCAUUGCCAUGACCCGGCUGGUCAUGGAAAUGGCCAAGCAAAAUACCGAUUCAAAGAGCAUCAAGGAUGUUGUUCCGGAAUUUACCGCCCAGGAGAUCAAAGAUGCCUUUGCGCAAGAAGACUCGAAACCGACCUCCAAGAUCUAUCCUAUGAUAAGCUCUAUUCCGCAAGCCGACCUACCCCCACAAGCCCUGACCUACAAAUUGAUUGAUCUCUUCGUGGCCAAAUCACAAGCGCUACUUCCGACUUUACAUGAGCACACAUUUCGUCAAGAGGUCGAGGAGGUCUUCGCUGGCUCUACCGACCCCUGUCAAAACUUCCAACUGCGCAUGGUUAUCGCCAUCAGCAUGCAAAAAAUGAGCACCGAAUAUGCCGGGCUUGCCGACAGCUAUUACCUAGCAGCCUUGCCCUACCUAGAACCCACGCUCAAACGGAUGGAUAUAAGGGCCCUUCAAUGCCUCGUGCUCAUCGCCUCUUACUCAAUGUUGACGCCUACUCGCACAGCUGCAUACUGGGUCGUCGGAACAGCCGCCAAACUGUGUCAGGAUCUGGGAUUGACCGAAGAAGCCACCGUGACCACAUCGCCUUGUGGGAAACCUCUCAACCCGUUGGAGAUUGAUAUGCGUCGAAGGCUGUUUUGGAUUGUGAUAUCCAUGGAGUUAGGACUCUCACAUAGUCUUGGUCGUUGCAACAGCUACUCGGUGAGCCAUGACCAUUUCAAUGUGAAGUUCUUCGAACUUGUGGAUGAUCGAUACAUUACCGCUGGAGGAGUUACUCCAGGCGCCAAACCUGUUCUGGCAAAAUGUAUCGCUGUUCACUUCUUCAAAAUGCGACUACUUCAAUUGGAGGCCAGGCGCACACUCUACUUGAACCGACGGGAAACACCGGUGGAUGAUCAAGACCCAUGGUUCUCCCAGAUGAUGGCCAAAAUUGACCAUUGGAUGUCUACAUGCCCCAAGAAAGAUGACGGAAGUGGGUUAAAUGUGAAAUGGUUUACUGGCAGACGGAACACAAUAGUCAUCCUCAUGUAUCGUCCAUCUCCCCAGGUACCUGAACCAUCUGUCCAGGCCGCACAUAUAUGCUACGACGCAGCUAUCUUCAAUAUCGCCAUGCACAAAGAGCAGAUGGUCACUGGAUCUGUUGAUCUUACUUGGGUGUUUGUGCAAGCUUUGUUCAUGGCUUUGAACACUGUUCUUUGGACUCUCUCGUAUCCCGAAAUACGAAAGGAGCACAGCAUCGAGGAAGUUCAGGGCCAUCUAGAUAUGGCUCUCGAGAUUAUCGUAUUCUCCGCUGAACGAUGGCCUGGUGUUCAGUCCGCCCUGCUUCUCUACAAACGUCUUGUUGCUGCAUGCUUGAAGGCUUAUGCCACCGAGGAGUCUUUUGUUGUGCACUCUCCUUCCAACCACCCAACGCCGACUUCCUCCCAAGGGUUGACCCCACCCGCUAUGUCCAGUCCGUCAAGUAGCACGACUGCGUCGUUCUAUUCGCACAACCAUCGUGGUGGAAACUUGUCAAUAGGCGACACUGCCUCUAGUGGUACCUACUCCCGAGGUCAAUCUGCCGACCCUGCUUUUACAGAAUCAACUCCCCCUGCAACAACCCCGGCCCCCUUCUCACAACCUCAAAUUCCACCAGUCUCACCAGCGUUUGAUAUGAAACCUCCACCCUCUUCUCGAAGCUCGGUGCCACAGUAUGCGUCGGAAUCCUACGGUGGACCAGCAUCUCUCUAUCCUGAUGUAUCAAUCGACCCCAACACCCCAUAUAACACGAUACCAUCAGUUGUUCCCGGCCUUCAAGGCUGGGAUCCCAACUUCUCACUUGCGUCUACGACUGCAGGGCAUCUGGCGUACAUUGACGCCACUGUUGACCCCAUGAACUGGACUACUUCAAUCGGUGACCAGUACUCUCAGUAUUUCAACGAGCCAUUCCCGGUGCCAUCGUGGCGUGAACGCACCCUCAGUCAACAGGAGCAGAUUGAGCUUUUGGCUUCCUUGGAGCACAAUAUACCUGACGUGUCGGCACAGUUGAUCAACGAGUAUAAUGCUUUCUAUCAGUCAUGA